UAAACCGACACCGCAAAUAAACGCGCGAAAGUUUGUAAACAUUGUAAUAAAUUUCAAGAACAAAUGGACCCAGCAGAAGUAGAAUUUAUUGCCGAAAAGGAACUUAUAACCAUAGUUCCCAACUUUGGGCUUGACAAAAUUUAUUUGAUUAGUGGUGACAUAGGUCCUUUUAUUGCUGGCAUGCCCAUUGAUGUACCUCUGUGGAUGGCGAUCAAUUUGAAACAGCGACAGAAGGCCAGGAUACGACCACCAGAAUGGUUGGAUGUUGAAAAACUUCGGGAGAAGAAACAAGAAGAAACCGAUUCCAAGUUCUUCACAGAAAUGCCCUGCAAAUGUUACAUAGAGAUGACCACUCUCCUGCUAAAGCAUGCUGUGGAUGACAUUCCCCAUGCUGAUGAGACUCGAACGUUAAUUAAGGAUAUCUGGGAUCUCCGUAUGGCCAAGCUACGCAGCAGCAUCGACACGUUUGUGAAAAGCGAUGCAACACAUGCAAAGUUGAACCACCUGACCUUGAUGGAGCUGAACACCGUACGUCCCUUCCUGACAAAGGCUCUUGACCAGCUCAAUGUUCUCCGUAGCAACACAGGGCCUGGCGCCCAGUACACGCAGGACUGAUGUACGCUGACUUCAGCAACUAGUUAUUGACUGCAGGACUAAGUUAUUUUCUACUGAGGGCGUAUUUUGUCGAAUUUGGUGUCAGAAAUUCGUCCCCUUUGCCCCCCCAGCAAAAUAAUUAAAAAGUAUAUAUUUGUCACCAAAAAUAACAAAUAAUUUCCAUUGAAAUAAAAACCAAUUAAAUAGUGAUUUUUUAUGAAAUUUAGUUAAUUUUGAUAAAAUGCUAUAAAAUCAUUGUCUGUGAUUGUUUUAGAUAAGGAUAUAUAUUUAAAGAAACUAAGUAUUCAUUUAUUAAGAUGAAUUCAAAAUAUUCUUUAUAUAUUCUCCUUGUCAGUUACUAAAAUUAGGUCAUCAAUUUGUGUACAUUUGAACAGGUGAGUGUCAAGGCCAUUAUGACCCUUUUGUUAUUAUAUUCUUUACUACAAUAAGAAAAAAUUCCCUGACAUAGCUGAAAUGUUUAAUGCAUCUUCAUUUUAUGAUAUCAUCAUAAUAUAAAGUUCAUAAGUAAUGUCAUGAGUUUUUUCACAAUCGGGGGGAACGCGGCCUGUUGCCCUUUAAAGUAUGUGAUGUUGCUUUUUGGGGUAAAAAAUGGCAUUUUUACCCAUGAAAAGGAAAAUUGUGAUGCAAGAAAUAUUCGAGUAUGUUCAUUUUUAACCAGGUUUUCCAAGGCUGGCUGGCGGGCUGGCGGAACAAGCUUGUCCGGGCCAUAACUAUGUCGUUCAUUGUCAGAUUUUAAAAUCAUUUGGCACAUUUGUUCACCAUCAUUGGACGGUGUGUCGCGCGAAAUAAUUACGUCGAUAUCUCCAAGGUCAAGGUCACACUUUGAGUUCAAAGGUCAAAAAUGGCCAUAAAUGAGCUUGUCCGAGCCAUAACUAUGUCGUUCAUUGUCAGAUUUUAAAAUCAUUUGGCACAUUUGUUCACCAUCAUUGGACGGUGUGUCGCGCGAAAUAAUUACGUCGAUAUCUCCAAGGUCAAGGUCACAGUUUGAGUUCAAAGGUCAAAAAUGGCCAUAAAUGUCCCUUGAGAUAUAACCUUCAUAUUUGGUAUGCAUGUGUAUAUGUACAAGGCCUUUCCAUACGCACAACAAUUUUGACCCCUGUGACCUUGACCUUGAAGUAGGGGUCUGCGUUUAGGUUUCAAAAUCUGCGUUUAGGUUUCGAAAAAUGCUCAUAACUUCUAUGCCCCUUGAGAUAUAACCUUCAUAUUUGGUAUGCAUGUGUAUAUGGACAACGCCUUUCCAUACGCACACAAAUUUUGACCGUCCGAAAAAAUUACGAAUUAAAAUUCAAAGGUAAAAAAUAGCCAUAAAUGAGCUUGUCUGGGCUAUAACUAUGUCAUUCAUUAUGAGAUUUUAAAAUCAUUUGGCACAUUUGUUCACCAUCAUGGGACGGUGUGUCGCAUGAAAGAAUCACGUCAAUAUCUCCAAUGUCAAGGUCGCCACGACUAAAAAUAGAUUUAUUUUAAAACAAACUUACAAAGGGGGUUAAUUUUGUUUGUUCAUUUCAAAAGUUCAGUUUGAGUUGUCUCCCUUUAUCAGAUUUUUUUUCACAAUGAAAACCUGGUUUUGUGACAAUUUUGUCCCUUGUUAUGUACUUGAACCAUAAUGGAAAACCUUGUUCAUCUGCUGGGUCUCACACAAGCUAACCAAAAAAAUUAUUACUGUAAAUCACUGUGUUAUAAUUCACAGUGUAUUGUUUACUUAAGGCUUGAUUGGACCGCAAAACAAAAAUGCACCGACCUCAUAAUGAAUGUUCUUGUUGUAACUCAGAAUAAUUUACCACCUGGGGGGGCACCUUUAAACGGCAAGUGUUAUGCAAGGUCAAACACCCUUGCUGAGGGAAAGAAAGUUGUCAUUAUAUGUGCCUCCUUUUUUUAAACAAUAAUUGUUGUUAACUCGUGGUGUUUGUUAAUGUUUGGAAAGCAUUCACAUUUGUCAAGAAAAAUAACGGACACUUGUUUAUGAAAAAAAUAGUGUAUCAUCAUGUCAGAAUUGAUGUCGUCUGGUGUUGUGUAAUUUAAGUGCUGUUUUGUAUUGUAAAUUAAUUGUUGAUUUAUGUAUAACAUAAGUGAAUAAAAUGUUGAAUCCC